AUCCAUGGCGGCUCUGGGGCGAGCCGUGAUCUGCCAGACUGGAGUAACUCAAUGGAUAACAGCAUGCACUGGAUUAUUACAGGCAGCCACAGUCCAAGGCCAGUGUAGAAGGAUGCUGUAUGGUGUCUUCCAGAGACACAAGGCCAGCAAGUUCCAACCAUCUAAACCCUGUGGUGGAUUGAUUGAAGCCAAUGGAGCCAUUGCACAGCCAAACAGAUCCUUUCACAGUACAAACAAGCAUCUUUCUGCAAAGGAUUCCUUGCAGCCAUCAGAAGAGAAAGUGGGAGCUUUCACCAGGAUAAUAGAAGCCAUGGGUUUCACAGGACCCCUCAAGUACAGCAGAUGGAAGAUCAAGGUGGCAGCUCUGCGCAUGUACACCUGCUGUGUGGAGAAAACUGACUAUGAGGAAUUUUUUAACAGGUGCCACAUGCCUGAUACUUUGAAUUCAUGGUUUCUAGUAGCCCAGCUUCAUGUCUGGAUGUGCCUGGUGCGGAUGAAGCAGGAGGGCCGCUCGGGCAAGUACAUGUGUCGGUACAUAGUGCACUGCAUGUGGGAGGACGUGGAGCAGCGUGGCAAGGUGAUGGGGAUUAAUUCUGUUGUUCUCAAGCAAGAUAUGAAAACUAUGGUAGAAAAUUUCUAUGCAGCUCUCUUUGGAUAUGAUGAGGGAAUCCUGUCUGAUGACCACGUUCUGGCAGCAGCUCUUUGGAGGAACCUUUUCAACAGGAACUGUGAGGACCCUCGGCACCUGGAGCUCCUGGUGGAGUAUGUCCGCAAGCAGGUGCAGCACCUGGACGCCCUGAGCGGGGAGGACCUGCUGCUGACCGGGGAGGUGAGCUGGCGGCCGCUGGUGGAGGACGACGCCCGCAGCAUCCUCAAGCCUCUCUCCCCUGUUUACAACGAUGAAGGACUCUGA